CAUAUUUAUUUAUUCAGCUUUCAGAUUAUGUAUAAACAGAAAAUGGACCCUUAUGACUGGGUGUGUGGUUCAGGGUCACAUUUAACAAAACAUAACACAAGUGCACUUUUCAACCAAAACAUUUCACAAAACAAAAACAAAUUUGCAGGGUUUUAAAUGAUAAUAUGUUCAAGUGAAAUGAAAGCUAAUUGGACAAUUUCUGAUUGUCAAAUGUUGGUGAAACACACACGCCUGUGUGAACUUUAUACAUCCAAUAAAAGCAAUCAUGUAACUGGCAAGAAUACUUCAGAAAAAAGAUAGAUCUGAAAAAAUGUUUUCAAUAUGGCUUUAAAGUCUAAAUACUUUUAAUAGCUCACAGAUUGGUUAGUUGCAAUGAAAAAGUUUCUUUAUUAUGCAAAAUUGAGCGAUGCAUUGAAAUUGUCCCUCUUUCUUUAUAUUUCUCUAUUAAUCUCCUAUUCAGAAAUAGAGGGCAAAAGAGGCUCAGGCAGCUGGAUGAGAUUAUCUUUUUUUCUGAUUAGAAAUCGACGUCAGCGCAGCUUCCAAAACUCACUGUCUCGUAGCCCCGCCUCUCUCCCGCCCCCAGGCUGAUAUAAGGACGUCCCACAUUGACUCUAGUGAAAGAGACAAAACCAGAGGUCAGGCUGAUAAAAGAAGACACCGGCACAUCUGAGACACUCGAGUACAGGAGAGAGAUAAUUCGGAGAGUUGUCUGGAGGACACUGCGUUUGUGUGUGUGUGUUUGUGUAUGUUGAGACAGGGUUGAUAUUUGUGACACUAAAGAGGAGAAGACAGCAGAUUAUGGAACCCUCAAGUCCCCCUGAGGGCCCCGUGGGACCCAAAGAAAAGAGGAAAAUCCAGUUUGCAGUCCCGGCCACAGAACCGACCCAGCUGGACCCUCGACAGGUUGAGAUGAUUCGCAGACGGAGACCCACACCUGCCACGUUGUUCAAAGUAGCAGAUCAAACAUCACCUGAGGAUGACAUCUCCAGCCAUCAGUGGGUUGUAGGAGAAAACGGCGUUCUCAAACCAAAACGAAUCAAUCCAAAUAUCUACCAACCACCAUCAUUAAAAGCCGUCCAGGAAAUGGCUGAAGCUCAAAUGCUGAAGUUAGGUGUGUGUCCUUAUGUAGAAGACGAAGGGGAGGAGCCGAAUCUGAAUGAGAGGGAGGAGCUUAAAUCAUCCUGCACAACUGGUUCACAGGAGCAAGCAGACAUGACGGGUAACCAGUCAGGCUUCAGAAAGGCAAUAGCCACAGAAGUGGAGGAAGAGGAGGAGAUUGAAGAAGAAACAGAUGAUGUGACGGAUCAAGAGAGCACACAUGUGGACUGACGAUACAAGAGGACGGAGUGAAUGUCUAGAAGAUUUUUCAUAAUGCUGAACCUUAUUGCUUUUUAUUGUAAGACUUUAACUGGAAUUUUUAAGAAAUCCAACUGCAAAGAUUAUUUUAUCCGUACAUGGCUAUAAAAUAGAGAUUGUUCAGAUGAAACAUAUCAGAAGUCAUGUUUUAUAAUAUCAUCAGUGAAUGUGCCUGAGUGAACUGUGAAUGCGAAGUAAAAUUUUUCUCUAUUCUUCUUUUUUUUUAAAGGUACAAUUUGACUGAAACAUGUUUUGUUUGUUUUUUAAAUCAAAUAUUGUCAAGUUGUGUGAUGGUUGAGAUAUAGUAAGUAUUCUAGAAUAGCUUCUGAUGUUUGCAGCUGUUAGUGUGUUUGCAUUUUUUGUGCUCUUACACUGCCAUCUAGUGUACAGAGCUUUAUUAUAUUAAAAAUGACAGAGUUACUUUCUAAAUUAUAAGAGUAUCAUUGUUUUUCAGCACUCAAAUUUAUGUGCAGUAUGUCAGUGUCAAGAAAAUCAAAGCUGCUCAUUUUUUACAUCAUUUUCCAUGUAAAUCAAGAGUAUGCAAAGUCAAUUAUGUUGGUGAACAAAAAAUAAUAAUAUUAAACUUAGUUUUUAUUAAAAGACUGUGUAGCUGAUUUCUCGCAUUGAAGGUGGAACGUUUUUAUUAUACGUAAUAAUGUAAAGUGAUGUUUUUAACACUUAAACGGUAAGAUCCAGUAUUUACAACAACAGCCACUUUUCGCUUUUUAAGAAAUUAUACAGCUUUCUAUUGAAUAAGAUUUAUAUAUGUACAUAUAACUCGCAACUACAUCUUGAUUUUGAUUGACAAGCAGUAGAAUAGGAGAAAACAUAACUUAGAUAUGUUUGAGUUAUGAAAAUAUUUAAAGUCUCUGUACAAAUAAAUACAUUUGCACUGAAUUAAAGUCUCUAAUCUUUUUAUAGAAGUAUUUGGGCAACGUCUCCGCAUAAUAUCAGAAAUUGUACACCAGAUAAAGUCAAAAUGGUGAUUAUAUGCAUGUGACAAAUGAAAGUGAAUGCUGUAUAUUUAUUGCCUUUUGUAACUUUAGCUACUAAGAAAUAGGCUGACCUCUCAUAUUAUUGACCAGACAGUUGCCUGCAUCUACUUGUAUUCAAAAUAUGAAAAUAUCCACUGUUCAUUGCCAUUAUGAAUAAGAAAUAAUGAAAUAACAAAUACGCAAUGCACAAUAUACUUUUAAAGCUUAUUUGGAAAAUGAUCUGCCUGUAAAGUCACAGAUUUCAGUGUCAUGUGCAUUUUAGGCAAAAGACUCUUACAAACAGAUGAUGACACAAUGGUUAGCUAUUCCAUAGAUAUCUUUAAUGCAGUUCUUCCAUACUAAACCCCAUUACUUUAUCCCUCUUGUUGAAAUUUUGGUGUUUCUAGGUUAUCCAAAAAUGAAAAUUCUGUUAUCAUUUACUCAUCUUCAUGCAUCUUCAUCUUGUUACAAACCUGUAUAAAUUUAUUUUUUCUGAUAAGGAAGAUAUUUUGAGAAAUGUAUGUAACCAAACCGAUCAAGAGCCCCAUUAACUUCCAUAUCAGGACAGACUGAAUGACAGUUUUCAUUUUUGGAUGAACUAUCCCUUUAAUAUUUGGACAAGUUUCAUUUUCCUGAGGUUCCUUGUGUGUUUGCUGUGGUUAACAAACAGGUGACACUGGCUUCAGGUAAUAAAUAUAUCACUGUUUAAUAGUAAAAUAGUAGUACUUUCAUGGGAACUGCAGUUAGAGGAAGUGAAAUCUGGUGGUAUUAUAUAUAUAUAUAUUGAUUCAGCUGAGACUGGCAUUGUCGACAGUGGGAAAUUCUGAAGUUAGAUAAGAGCUGCCAAUAAAUUUUUUUAAAGAAACUAUAGGGUUUAUGAUGGGAUUCUUAUGGACACCACCUAAUUUUGCAGGUGAUGAGGUGACUCAUUAAAAUAAAAACCUGUGCUUUAAGGAGAAAUAUACUGCAUUUCAUUUCCCAUUGAUAGAGAAAACUGCGAUGGAAAGUGCAAGCAAUACCCACUGGAGAAAUGUCAACGGCAAUAAAGGUAAUUUUACUGGAAACUGUAAUAGCCUCUUCAGGUAGCUAAUGUGUUGGGUUCUGGUCACAUCAUUAAAGUCUACUGGAAUGAAAACACACUACAUGAAUGCUGUAAUUGUAGCGUUAUCAAUAUUUUCACUGUAUUGAUUGUAUUUAAUACACAUUUUUUAUUAAAUAAAGAUUAAUUAAAGCUUG